UAAAGAAACAAAGAAUGCAACCUUCAAAGGUAUUGCUCGCCACCCUUUUAUUUUUCACACUCGCUCCUUGGGCUACUGCUAGUAAGGUUACCUACGAUGGCAGAGCUAUCAUCAUCGAUGGCAAACAUAAACUUCUGGUGUCUGGUUCCAUCCAUUAUCCCCGGAGCACUGCCCAGAUGUGGCCGGACUUGAUUAAGAAAUCCAAGGAAGGGGGACUGGACGCCGUUGAAACUUACGUUUUCUGGGAUUCCCAUGAACCUGCUCGUCGGGAAUAUGAUUUCAGUGGCAACCUGGACCUUAUAAGGUUUCUCAAGACAAUUCAAGACGAAGGGCUCUAUGCUGUUCUUCGUAUUGGACCAUAUGUUUGUGCUGAAUGGAAUUAUGGUGGGUUCCCCGUAUGGCUGCAUAACAUGCCUGGUGUUCAGUUGCGAACUGCUAAUGAUGUUUUCAUGAAUGAGAUGAGGAACUUCACUACACUGAUAGUUAACAUGGUGAAGCAAGAGAAUCUCUUUGCAUCACAAGGAGGACCUGUUAUUCUUGCCCAGAUUGAGAACGAAUAUGGCAACGUCAUGUCGUCUUAUGGGGAUGAAGGGAAGGCGUAUAUUGAAUGGUGCGCAAACGUGGCUCAAUCUCUUCACAUUGGAGUUCCAUGGCUCAUGUGCCAGCAGGCCGAUGCUCCAGAACCGAUGAUCAACACAUGCAAUGGCUGGUACUGUGACCAAUUCACUCCUAAUAGGCCAACUAGUCCUAAAAUGUGGACUGAGAAUUGGACCGGCUGGUUUAAGAGCUGGGGUGGUAAAGAUCCACACAGGACUGCUGAGGAUCUUGCCUUUUCUGUAGCAAGAUUUUACCAACUUGGAGGCACUUUCCAGAAUUACUAUAUGUAUCACGGUGGAACCAACUUUGGUAGAACAGCCGGCGGUCCAUACAUCACUACAUCUUAUGACUAUGAUGCUCCAUUAGAUGAAUAUGGGAAUCUGAAUCAACCAAAAUGGGGGCAUUUGAAGGAGCUUCAUGAUGUGUUGCACUCCAUGGAAGAUACUCUUACACGAGGGAACAUCUCCUCAGUUGACUUUGGCAAUUCUGUCUCGGGCACUAUAUACUCAACUGAGAAGGGAUCGAGCUGCUUUUUGACCAAUACAGACUCUAGAAACGAUACAACAAUCAAUUUUCAAGGCAUAGAUUAUGAGGUGCCUGCAUGGUCUGUUAGUAUACUGCCUGAUUGCCAAGAUGUGGUAUACAAUACGGCUAAGGUUUCAGCUCAAACAUCUGUGAUGGUAAAGAAAAAAAAUGUUGCUGAGGAUGAGCCCGCUGCUCUUUCAUGGUCAUGGAGGCCCGAGACGAACGAUAAAUCGAUUCUUUUUGGAAAAGGAGAGGUCUCGGUCAAUCAGAUUCUUGACCAGAAAGAUGCAGGAAAUGAUCAGAGUGAUUAUCUCUUCUACAUGACAAGUGUGAGUCUUAAGGAAGACGAUCCCAUAUGGGGGGACAAUAUGACUCUUCGGAUUACAGGCAGUGGUCAAGUACUUCAUGUAUUUGUUAAUGGGGAGUUUAUCGGUUCUCAAUGGGCUAAGUAUGGAGUUUUUGAUUAUGUUUUUGAGCAAAAAAUAAAAUUAAAUAAGGGGAAAAACACCAUUACUUUGCUCAGUGCUACGGUUGGAUUUGCGAACUAUGGUGCUAAUUUUGACUUGACACAAGCUGGUGUUCGUGGCCCUGUGGAGCUUGUUGGAUACCAUGACGAUGAAAUAAUAAUUAAAGAUUUAUCUUCACACAAAUGGUCCUAUAAGGUUGGAUUGGAAGGCUUACAUCAAAACCUUUAUAGCUCUGAUUCUUCGAAAUGGCAACAAGAUAAUUACCCCACGAACAAGAUGUUUACGUGGUAUAAGGCUACCUUCAAAGCUCCUCUGGGAACAGAUCCUGUUGUGGUGGAUUUACUUGGCCUGGGAAAAGGUCUAGCUUGGGUUAAUGGUAACAGCAUUGGUCGAUACUGGCCAAGUUUCAUUGCUGAGGAUGGAUGCAGUCUUGAUCCAUGCGAUUAUCGAGGCUCCUACGAUAACAACAAAUGUGUAACCAAUUGUGGCAAACCAACUCAAAGAUGGUAUCAUGUUCCUAGAUCCUUCCUUAACAACGAAGGUGAUAACACUUUGGUCUUGUUCGAGGAAUUUGGAGGAGACCCUUCUUCGGUUAAUUUCCAAACUAUUGCAAUCGGAUCAGCAUGCGUCGGUGCUGAGGAGAACAAGAAAAUCGAGCUCUCAUGCCAAGGAAGGCAAAUUUCUGCAAUUAAAUUCGCCAGCUUCGGCAAUCCACUAGGGACAUGCGGAUCUUUUUCGAAGGGCACUUGUGAAGCCUCGAAUGAUGCCUUUUCUAUUAUCCAAAAGGCAUGUGUUGGCCAGGAGUCUUGCACCAUUGAUGUUUCUGAAGAUACAUUUGGCUCGACGACCUGUGGUGACGAUGUCAUUAAGACUCUUGCUGUGGAGGCCAUUUGUUAGGGCUUUUUUUUUUUUUUUAGUUAUUAGUGUUCUUUAUUGAACAAUGUUCUUAGUUUUUGCAUUGGUAUGUAUUUGGAUUUUUUUCGUUUUGUUAGGGUUUUUUAUUUCUAGUUCUCUCUAUUGAACAAGGGUUUUUCGUUUUCUCAGUGGUAUUGUUU